GUACUCCUAUUGAAUAUAGUAAUCUAUAUGAACGAUGUUGGAAAUAUGAACCCGAUGAACGUCCAAGCAUACAAGAUGUUGUUUCAACUCUUAAAACGGUUAUUUCAAAACAAAGUGAGAUGGAAGGUUUGCAGAAUCAAAAUCCUGUUCAAUCGGAUUCAAUAGAUUCUUUGAAUAGUUCAAAUAAUUUCUCAA